UAAUUUAUUUAAUUAAUGUAGUGUAAUAAUAGUAAUAAUGCACCGGUGUAUAUCAAUAAUUAAAACCACCAUCAACCACCACCGGCGCCCCCGUCAUGUCUCCAAUGCCCUCUUUUCAUCUUCUCCUUCCGCCACCACUCACCUCCAUAAUCCCGUCAAAAAUCUCCAAAAUUCCGACCAACCUUCGCCGCCGCCACCUCCCGCCAUCCCCCACAAGCGUAAUCUCAAAUCUCGAAUAACCGUCACCGCAACCUUAAUCUCCGCCGCCGUUGCCGCCAUGGCAUUUAUCUUCAAAUCAAAUGAACAUAAUAAUUCAAAAAAUAAAAAUGUAUCAUACAAAGAUCUUAAUUUCGCAAUUGACCAGUCAAACAGAAUAUUCGAAACGGUUAGAGUUGUAACGGUUUUAUUAAAGUCGUUAAGUUCGGUUUUAACAAAUGUUAAUUAUGAAUUUGAAGUUAGGGUGGCUGCAUUGUUAGCCGAUAUCGUUGCGGCUGACGAAAGCCGCAGGGCUGCCAUUAUUGGUGGUGGCGGUUUCAUUGUUGAUUGGUUGUUGGAUUCCGUCGCGUUAAAUCGAGGAGGAAGUUACGCGGCUCAAGCGGAAUCCGCUCGUGCUCUAGCUUAUUUGAUUUCUGAUUAUAAUGUUGCUCAUUUUGUUUUGUCUAGACCUCAUGCGGUUCCGAAUUUAUUGAGGUUUAUAUUCUCUGCUCAUCCUCAUCCGCAGGAACAAAAUCAAAUGAGGCGUUUUGAAAUUGGUGAUCCGUUAAAAGGUAGGAGUAUGCUUGUUGCAGCAAUUAUGGAUAUUGUGACUUCACAUUGUGACAAUGUGGAUAAAGUUAAGUCGAAACCUAUGUUAUCGAAAAAAGCUGCAAUGAGAGAUAUUGAAGCUGCGCUACAGGUUCUUGAGGAAGGUGGGAUGUACUGGGGUGAAGGGGGUAGUGGUGAAGAGGGUAAAAAUGAUGGAACGGUGGUGAAGGGGAUUGGAGUGAAAAGGGUUUUGGGCUUUUCAGGAAGUCAUGGGUCGAUAGAGAUAGAGGAUUCUAGAGUUAAAGCUAGGAGUAAAACUAAAAGGGUGUUGUUUAACAAAAUAAAUGAUAAUUCACCAAAUUUUAUUCCCGGUUUAUGGGAUGAUUUGCAUUGUCAACAUGUUGCGGUCCCUUUUGCUGCAUGGGCUUUGGCAAAUUGGGCAAUGGCGUCAGAUGUGAAUAGGUCUCAUAUCCAAGAAUUGGAUCACGAUGGUCAUGCUGUCGUGACUGCUUUGGCUGCGCCAGAGAGAUCUGUAAAAUGGCAUGGAAGUUUAGUGGCUAGGUUUUUGUUAGAAGAUCGAGAUCUCCCUUCAGAUGAUUUUGUUUCUGAUUGGAGUUCCAGUCUUCUUUCUACCGUGUCCCAAGCAAGCAAAGGUGAGGAUGUUUGUUUGACCCGUGUGGCUUUGUCUGCAUUCUUGCUUUCACUUGAAAGAUGUCCCCGGGCUCAAGAGGAGGUUAUGGAAAAGAGUCUUUAUUUAAUGAGAGAAACUGCUAAAAGGAUGAAAAAACAUGAGUCUAUUCAAGAAGCAUUGGCAAAAGGUUUAGAAUCAUUGUGUACAGGUAACAUACAUUUGACUCUUGAUGAAGGCCAAAAGUGGUCAAGCAUUCUCCUUCGGUGGGUGUUUGGUAAUACUUCUUCUGAUGCUACUAGAUCAUCUGCUAUAAGAAUUCUUUCACAUAUUCUUGAAGACCAUGCACCAUCUUCAGUACCAAUAUCUCAAGGUUGGUUAACUAUCUUGCUGGGUGACAUUUUGAAAUGGAGGAUGUCAUCACUUAAAGGGAGUGCUCAACCAAAGGACAAAGUGAAGACUCAAAUCGACCAAGCAAAUAUUGCAUCUGGCACACAGGCUGCCAACCAGUUGGCUAUUGCUGUGGUUAACUUAGCAAUUAAUCAGCUUGGAACAGAAUCUUUAGAAGAUCUUUUGCGCAUUGAGCCCUUUGUUGUACCAUUUAAAAAGGUUAAAAAGGACAGUAAGCCCAAAGUGAAUGCUGCAGAUUCUGCACUGGCAACUCUUAAAGGGAUCAAAACUAUGUCUGAAAUAUGUAGUGAUGACACAAUUUGUCAGACCAGGAUAAUUGAUCACGGUGUAGUUUCAUUACUACGUCGACUCUUGUUAAGAGAUGAUUAUGAGAUAUUAGCUGCAAGGGAAGCAUACAACGCAUCAAAAAAUAUGAAAUCCAGUGAUCAUCAACCUGCAAGUGUUCCUGAUGUUCAUGAUCUAUCUAAAGUCCGUGUUCCACCUGCAGCACAUAUCCGCAGGCAUGCAGCUCGAUUCUUAACUGGUCUUUCGGUCCAUCCAAAAGUCAAAGAAUUCAUUUUAAAUGAUAAAGUUUGGUGUGAUUGGCUUGAAGAAUGUGCAAAUGGGAAAAUCCCAGGAUGCAAUGACCUCAAGACUCGAAGCUAUGCUAGAGCAACAUUGUUAAAUAUAUUUUGCAAUGAUUACGAUAUAGAUAGUGAUUCAGAAAGAAAACAUAGGUGUCCUCAUUUUACUGAGAUGAUCUACUUAAUCAACCCUGAUCUAUCUCACUGGAAAUAUCCUAUAAAAGAAAGGCAAAAAUCUGCUGCCAAGACACCAUUGGAUAACAGUGGAUGCGUGAGUCAUUCAGAUCCUCCACUUGAUGUUGUGUUUGUUCAUGGUUUGCGCGGUGGUCCAUUUAAAUCUUGGCGGUUAUCUGAGUGCAAGUCAUCAUCUAAAUCUGGUCUUGUAGAAAAGAUUGACGAAGAAGCAGGGAAGCAAGGCACUUUUUGGCCUGCCGAAUGGCUUUCUUCUGAUUUUCCUCAGGCCCGUUUGUUUAGUCUUAAGUACAAGACGAAUCUUACACAGUGGUCUGGAUCAAGCUUGCCCCUUCAGGAAGUUAGCUCCAUGCUAUUGGAAAAGCUAAUCACUGCAGGCAUUGGAGAUCGACCAGUUGUAUUUGUAACUCACAGCAUGGGGGGUUUGGUUGUCAAGCAGAUGUUGCACCAGGCUAGGACAGAAAAGAGAGAUGAUAUUGUCAAUAACACCAUUGGAGUGGUGUUUUAUAGCUGCCCACAUUUUGGUAGCAAGCUUGCAGAUUUGCCUUGGCGAAUGGGUUUUGUUCUGAGGCCUGCACCAACGAUAGGAGAAUUGAGAAGUGGUUCGCCAACAUUAAUAAAGCUUAAUGAUUUUAUCCGUCAUUUACAUAAAAAAGGGUCUCUUGAUGUUCUCAGUUUUUGUGAGACUAAAGUAACUCCAAUUGUUGAAGGUUAUGGGGGUUGGGCCUUCAGAUUGGAAAUAGUUCCAAUUGAAUCUUCAUAUCCUGGAUAUGGGAAUUACGUAGUGUUAGAGUCAACAGAUCAUGUAAAUUCAUGUAAGCCCAUAAGCAAAAGUGACCCUUCUUAUCAUGAAACUUUGCAUCUUUUACAUAAACUUAGAGCAUGUAUCCAUGAAAGAACAACCUAGACAUCCAUGUACAGUCAUCAAACCUUGUAAGUAUCCAUGUACAUAUUACUGGUCCCUGAAGCUGUUAAGAUGGUUGUGCUGCUGCUGCUCAAGUUGUACCACUACCAUUUUGAGCAACUGAUACAGUGACACCAUGCUAAUUUACAGAGGGUAGUAGCCGGUUCAUAUAGUCAUUGCUUCUGCCAUUGUUUGAGAAUAGAUAUAGCUUUAUAAACCAUUGAGAUGACAUAUUUAACCCUGCCAAUUUCUAUCAGGCAUUGGGUUAUACUUUAUUUUUACCCCAUAUUGCCUUCUUCGUAUAUUUUAGAGGAAGGGCUGCUGCUGGGAAUGUUACUGACUUACUGCAACACAUAUUAGUAGCGUAAUGUAAAUAUAUCUUCGUUGAACAGCUAACAAGUGAACCAGAUGUUCCAUUUUGCAACGCAUCUAAUGGUUGUGUUUUUGUAGUAUAUAAAGGUAUUUAGAGAACUUUUAUUGUAUAUGGGAAAACCCUUGGUGGGACUGCUGUAAUAUAUCAAACCAAUUGAUGGUUUAUAUACUGAAUUACCAAAGUCAUGAUAUGUA